CGCCAUAGUCACCGUGUUGGUCCUUUAAGUCGACGCGUGCAGGAGUUUCAAAACAAGACUAACACAGACAGCAACAGGAUUUACAUUUUAACAUUUCUCUAAAAUGCCCAAAGGAGGGAAGGGAUAUUCUUCCGCGAGCAAUGAUGGCAAAUGGUAUGCCCAUGACACAGGGUUCAAAGAAGCGUGCACCAUCACUGGGACCAUGCUGGGGCAGGUUGUAUCGUCUGGGCCGCAAGAACUACGAGUUGAACGUCACCUCAAGUCGAAAAAGCAGGAUCCUCCUGAUUUUCGAUUCUCGACCCACGACAACAGAGAAGCGAUACGAGACGGGAUCUGCCUCUUUUCUCAGGGUCUUGGGCGCAAGAAGUGUCCAGAUGACCACAGACAGCACAACUCUCACUUCUGCCUGUGCCACGAUGAUCCUGUGGCAGUAAGUUGGCCGUCGACCGCCGGGGACCUCACGGCCUACCAGACUGAAGGCUUAGUGAGGAAGGACCAGGCAGAGGCCGUCACCAACAGGCGUUUCCCCCGCAGCCAUCAGGAGAGGUCAGCAGAGGCCGCCGCGGCCCAGGCCAGGGAACCUGCUUUCAUGUGGUUUGGACGACACGACUCAGAGGACUCUGUGCCCCUAGGGGUCCUUGCAGCUACUAACUGCUUAGCCACGCGAAUAUAAGCCGCGGUUUCUUGCAUCAUUACAUUGUAAGCUCUCCCUUAGUCAGAGGGGAGUAAUUGAACGUGUUUCUAUUUUUAUUUUUUUAUUUUUUUGCCAGCAGAGGGCAGCAUAUAUUCUAGUUUAAAUCUGCGAGCAAAUUGGGAUGAAAUGGAUAUCAAUGGUUUGGUCUUGGUUCGUUCCUUUCAAACCGCAUACUAUGUAGGCAUAACAAUAACCAUUAAGCAAUGCGCCAUCAAGUGAUCAAGCAAGAGUAAGCAAGUGAUAACGUCCACUUAUAGAAUGAAUUGGGAGUUAUUUGAGCUAAAGGCCUAUAUGUAUAGAUUUUUGUCACCAAUCGAUUGCACAUUAAAAGCCCUGU